CAGCUGACCAAAAAUGUCAAAGUACUUAUUUCAUUUAUUCUGAUUAUUUUAAUCACUAAGUUUGUGUUUUGUGAGUGAAUUACAUCUUAAAGCAAGCGCUUUAGGUGACCUGAGAGGAUAUUAAAAAUAUUCAAACAGGUAUAGAGGAUUUAUGAAGUGAGUGACCAGGAUGUCAGCUGAUAACACAGUGACAGAUAACCAGCUCCGUGAUGGUGAAUGCCCUCAUACUUCAAAUCUUCCGUCACAAACACAUCAUUGUUUCAGAGAACAUGAACCCCUGACAGAUAUCCUCUCACUGAUACCACAUAAGGUACAAAGAGGUUUAAAGACCCAGUAUGAGAUUCUAGAACUGACAGCUUUGGAUGCCAAUCAAUACUUCAUUGCGCUUGGCUCUAACAUUGGGACUGUAUUCUUGUAUGACAGGGCCAAACACAAAAUUGAAAGGCUACGGUCUGAGGAUACAACAGAUAUUGUUACAUGUGUGUGUCUACAUCAUGGUUUAGACGACCUUGUAGCAAUAGGUCAUUCUUCUGGUACUGUAUAUAUCUUCCAGCUCCCUAGUAUGUUGAUUGGUCACAGUAAACAGCUUGAGAGGUUUAUAGUAAGUGAUGUCCAUCAAGUUGGCUUGACAUGUUUAACAUGGAGCACAAAUGGUAUGAAGUUAUUCAGCGGGGAUAAGAAAGGGUGUGUGAGCUGCACUGAAGUUGACUUUUAUGAGGGAAGAUGUCAGUCCAGCGUGCUUCUGAUUGAAGCAAACACAGAAAUUGUUCAGUUAAAUCAUUGCCAUAAAGCUCUCUUGAUCUCUACAAAACAUAGAUGUAUUGUCUGUCGGACAGAUGGAGUACAGCACAUAGCUCAAGUGGGAUCAAAGGAAAGGAAAGUUGUUGGAAACUUUGGAGCCAGUUUUAUUCCAGCCAUGUGUAAACCAGAAGAUGCACAGCUGUAUGCUUCACGUCCUGGCUUUCGUAUAUGGAAAGCCUCUAUUAACGGAUCAGUUUUAAACACAUUUAUGUUCAAAGAACUUCUCAGCCAGUCACAUAUAGAAAUACCAGUUUUAGACUUUGAAGUGACAAAUAUUAUAAAAUCUGAAAAUCCUAACCAGUUUGGUCAACUUUUAUUGUUCCGGGAUAAAGAACUUGUAGCAUGGAACGAUUCCUGCUUGUAUGUGCUAGAUCCGGAGAAUUCCAGCGUUAUUGGAUCACAAAAACAUAUAGGAAUUGUGAAGUAUGUUGCGGUGACAGACUGUGAAAUAUUUGUGCUUAGGGAAGGGACUGAUAGAAAUUUGAUCCGAAUUUCAGACAGGCCAAUAACCAGACCUACCAGUCUGUUAUUAAAACAGCUUGAAAUAGAAAGACAGCAAAAAAGUCAACAGAAAGCAGAAUCAGAUAAAGAAGAGAAAAUUGAAAAGAAGUCCGAACAAAUUGAAAAAUCUCCUUUCAAAAAAUUCCAAGGAAAUUUAUUUGAGAAAGUGAAACAAAUUGCAAAUCCAAGUGCAUUAGUGGAUAAAGUUCAAGAAAAAUUAAUUAUUGACAAGAAAACUGAAACUAUAAUGUUGAGGGAAAGAAGUGGUCCAAGUGUAGAAAGAGUAUCUCAAGAACGUGAAGACCUUCCUCCAGUCAUCCAGCUAGACACUCCAGAUCUUUUAACUAUUGAAAUUGGGCAAUUAGCAAUUGAGGAUAGUUCUCCAGAAAUGAUAAGUGAUUCUCAGACUGGUGCAAUAGGAUAUGACAUUUCAGUAACAUCUGGGAAUCAGUCUGACCUAAAGAGGACUGGUUCUGGAGCAUUUUCUGCUCUUGCAAGACUUCAAGAAGAUCACCAAAAUGAAGAAAAGAGUGAACCAGUCUACAAAAUUGCCGGUCAGGCAGAAGAAACUGCAAGUAGCAGAAUAUCUGUAGAUAUUGAACCUGAAGAGGAAGAUGGAAUUGUAUUUAGAAGAAAAGUUAAGAAGAAUAAGAAAAAAGGUUCAAAAGAUAAGUCACCGAAGAAAUUUAAUAGGAAAAUGAUAGACCCAGAUUCUGUAUCAGUGAAUAGCAACACAAGUGUAGCCAGCGAUAGUAGUGAAAAUAUUCCUUCAACAAGAUUGUCAACUAAUGAGGAUUCUGGUAGAUUUUCUGAAACAUCCCAGCAAGAAAAUUUACAACAGUCAGUUGAAGAGGUAGUUAACCAACCUGUAAGUUUAGAUCCUGAUGUGGAUAAUCAGCAACUCAAAUCGGAAGCUUCAGAGGAGAUUAGUAAAGAAACUGAAAAUGUCUCUGAAAGAGAAUAUGAUGAAGACGUUGGUCCAAGUGCUGAAGACAUUAAGCAAACAGUAAAUAUAGACAAGGAAAUAGAAGCAAGUGGAGAGAGUGUUUCAGUUGGUUCAGUUUCUGUCAGUGAUAGUGAACAGUAUACAAAGUCAACAGAAAUACAAAAGGAAGUUGUAACUACUGAUUUUUCUUUGCCAAUAGAAGAUAAAAGUGAUAACAUUUCUAAUCUGGACAGAGAGAUGGCAAGACUAGACUCUUAUCUGAGUCAAACAUCUGACACAGCCACAGAUAGUAUGGAGCAGGGUACACCUUCGUUAGAAUACAAGUCAGAGGUGGACCAACUUGCAUACAGAACUAUAUUGGGGAGGAGCAAUAGUCAGAAAGAAAAAGAAAUAUUAAGUACAUUGCAAGAAAGUGAUUCUAAAUACACUCCAAGUAGUUUGGAAAAAGAGUUAAAUGAACUGGAGAUAUCCACACAAGAGACAGAUAGUAAAACUAUGGAGAAAGAAGAAGAAACAGUAUCUGUGCCAAUAACUACACAGUUUUCACCAAAAAGCUUUGGACCAAAUUCCACACCAUCAUUUUAUACAAUAUACAGUAAACCAGGGGCUACUGCAGAAGACUUCUAUUCAAAAUAUGAACCAACUUCACCUUCAGAAAUGUCCUCAAUGACCUCUGACACUGAAACAGAAAGGAAGGAAGAUAUUUCUUGGAAUUCUGGGACAGAUCAGAUAGCAGAAACAACUCAGUUCCUCAAAUCUGUUAACACGUGGACUGAAAUUAGUUCUCAAGGUAAUAUUCAUAGUUUAUCAGUGUCUAAAUCUCAUGUAUGGAUCACAGACAGAAGUUGUAACAUAUUCUACAGUGUAUUGUCGGGACCUGGUGUAAGCUGGAAGAGAGCGGUGGGAUCAGCGAGUCAGAUAUCGGUGUCUCAGGACGGUUUUAUUGUGUGGAGCUUGAAUAAGAAUACAGUGUACGCAGGCACAAAGAUCACAGCCAAGCGGCCAGAGGGAAUGAAAUGGGUGGAGGCAGUCAGGGACGUCUCUUUUAUCUGUGUAGAUAAUACUAGUGCUUGGUAUAUAAAGACUAACCACCAGGUUAUGAUACAGAAAGGAUUGUCCAGAGACAGGCCGUGUUAUACUGGACAGGAGGUGGACUGUAAACACAGGCUCAAGCAGAUAGUCUGUCAGGCUGGUGUGGUGUGGGCAUUAACAGAAAACUGUCACUGGCUGUACAGAGCUGGAGUCACAACAGAAUGUCCUGAGGGAAAGGAAUGGAAGUCAGGAGAUAGCAUGUAUGAAGGGUUAGUGAGACAUGGCUCAGAAAACAGACUGUUUAGCCAGUUAUGUCUUGGAGAAGAUAACAUUGGUUGGGCUGUAGAUAUUCUUGGUCAAGUCUGGUUUUGUCAAGGGGUCAGCAUGGAAACACCAAGGGGAGAGAACCAUUGGUGGCAGGUACCAUUAAGUGGGGAGUAUGUUAUAAAAGACAUGACUGCUCUGGACAUGCUGAAAUCUUUCUCUAAGAAGUUUGAUCCCCAGAAGUUAUCAUUACUUUUGAGUGCCCAGAGUGGAGGACUGAUAGCAGCCCGUGGUGGGGUCUGGGUGUGUCCAGAGUAUAAGCACAUCCUACAGGUGUGUAGAGGAAGCAUCGAAGGUCAGCUUUGGAGGGAUGCCCAUCCAGAGAGUUUAGCUGCAACAUUUUGUUGGAAAACAGUGGUGGCUAGUACAGCUAGCCAGACUAAUGGUGUAGUAUGGGCACAGCAACCUAGUUCUGAUAUAUUUGCCUUCUCACCGGAUCGUCAGACCUGUUGUUCUAUACCUGGACCACGGAAACGAGGAACUGGCAUAUUGUUUGUUUGUCUGUCCGUGUGCAUUGAUGCAUUGUGGGGUUUAACUGAUGAUGGAGAGGUGUUUAUACGGACAGGGAUGAGUGACCUGGAAAGCAAAGGCACAGGAUGGUCACAGCUGGAUCUCUCACAAUUAGAUGAUAGACAACUUGUGCAUAUAUCCUGUGCCAACAUGAAUGUAUGGGCAGUUGACAGUGAUGGUAUGGUAUGGCAUCGUAUAGGUGUAAAGGCACCCACAGAUUUAAGUCUCAAUGCUGCUUGGUUACCUGUAGAUAAUGGAGAGACAGUCUUUACACAAGUUGUGUCAUGUCAACAGGAUUGGAAGGUAUGGGCAAUAGACAACAGAAGGCAGGUGUAUGUAAGACAAGGAAUAACACAAGAGAUGCCAAUAGGUCGCAAGUGGAUCCAUGUUUCAGGAUCACCAGCUAUGCAGCUAACCUUGUCUGACAAUUUUGUGUUUGCUUUGAACCACGCUGGAGAACUUCUGUGUCGUUAUGGCAUCUCACCUGAUCAUGUGACCGGAGACUACUGGAAGAAGCUACCUGGUGAACUAACACAUAUAUCAGCAACUCCUACCAAUAUUCUCUGGGGCAUCAAUAAAGAUGGCCAGCUGGUUCGAAGGUUUACAAAGUACAUUGUAAGGGCUGCCAAUGAUCCACAGGAGACACCAGGGACCCACAGGUCACCGAGGGGACAAAGUGUGGGCAGUGAAGAUGCUGACUGGGAAUUUGUUUAAUGAUUAUCUGGGCUUAAACCAUUCCACAUACAAAGUUAAUAUAUAGAUGUGUACUGGUUCGAAUUAUUUAUAAAAAAUAUUUGCUUUUUUUAAAUGAUGGUUUAUUGUUCUAUGUAAAAUAUAAUAGUCAAGAAUGGCAGUGUUUUGUUAGAUAUUGUUCUACACGCCAAAGCAAUUCUGAAUUGUUUACCGAACACUAUUGAAAAUAUAAAACGGAAUGUUGACAUAAUAAUAGUAUGAAAGUGCGUUAGUCAAAUUUAAUUAUAGGAACAUGUAUAACAUGGUUAAUACUGCAGCAAUGAUUAGCUACUUGUUGAUGAAAUUCCGUACAAAGUAUGUAGAGCUUUUCACAAAAGCAAUGUGUAAUGCAAUUUUAUAGUCUGGGAUUAUUGUAAUGCUUGCCAUUAUACCUUAAGUUAGAGCUUGUUUUUUUGUUUUUUUUUUUGUUUAUUGUGUAACAUAGACAAUAAGGAGGGUCUGCUUAUGGUUUAAAGUUGUUCAUUUAAAUACUUCUUUGUUUCAUAUAAGCUACAGCAACUUCAGAUCUGAAAUAACAGUAUACAUUUUGUAGUGAACAUCCCUUUUUCCUACACCUACUUUUUUUAAAUCUAUCACAAAUUAACAAAAAAUAGAAAGAAAACAGAGGGUUCCUACUUAAAUGCCAGUCAGUCUGCUACCCUAAAAUAAUGUCUACACAUUAAACCCCUAGAGCUGGUUUUGAUUACCAGCCAUUGCAGGAAUCAUUAUAAUGCGUGCAGAAUGCAUUCUAGCAGUGAAAAAGUUUGAUAAAAUGCACAAAAAAUGGAAAUUGUAGGAUCUAUUUCUUAGACUUCUUUCUUCUACAGCAUGGAAGUAUUUUUUAAUGAAUUACAGACCUACUUCUUUAUGUAACUAUUUCCUUAUAGUGCAAUUUUAAUUUUGAAGGUUAUUUUUUUGUGUUUAUGCAGAUUUCUUAUGUUGUUGUGACAAUGUACUUUUUAUGUUCUGAGAACAAAACUGAAUAGUGUUGAGAAUAAUACAUUUGCUGCCUGGUCAGUUCCUUUGUCUGUCUAACCUUUGUCCAUACUUUUUAAGAGCCCAAACUUAAAGAAAUGUGUCACUUGAAGUAAACUUGCACAUAUUAUCAGUCCUUUAAUGUACCUUGCCAGAUUUAGGCAAUAUAGCCCGUUUAGAUUUUACAAUAUGCAGUAUAUAUUUCUCAAUACUUAACAUAUAUAAGCUUUCUCCAGAUAACUCCUCCUUCAGUUUUCAAGGGAUCUGACCCAAGCUUUCGAUGUAAAUGAGAUGUGGAACCAAAAUUUGUAGUCCUGUUUGGCGCCAUAUAACCUAUACUGUGUUGGUGCGCCAUAAAACCCAAAUAAAAUAAAAAUAAACUGACCCAAGCUGACAGAAAUAUAUUGCUUUGAAGUGAACUUGCACAUAUUAUCCCGACAUGAAUGUAUCAUGUCCAGUUUAGGAGUUAUGGCCCUUUGAAAUUUUAUACUUAUAUAACACUUGUUCAGAAAACUCUUCCAAAAAUGUUUAAAGGAUCCAAACAUCAGAAGAUUGCCACUAUGAAGUGAACUUGCAAAUAUUGUCAGCACAUGAAUGUACCAUGCCCAGAAUAGAAAUUAUGGUCCUUUGAAAUUUUACAAAAUGGAAAAUACUACUGAAAGGCUUAGGUCGGUAAGUUCUCUUACACUUUUCAAGAGAGCUGACCAAAACUUACAUUACUAUGUAGUGAACUUACACAUAUUGUCAGAAUAUACAUGUUCUACUAUGUAUAAACACUGUCCCAUUUAUGUGGAUCAUGCUUGGUGAAGAGUAAACACUCUUUAAAUUUUUUUAUUGAAAUCUGAAUAACUUGUGUAACAAUUUUUAAGGAACAUGGCCCAAACAAAUAGAAAUGUGUUGCUGUUGUGUUACCUUGUGGUUAUUGUAAGGAUAUACUUGUGUAACCAAGUAUAAAUGCUCCUUUAUAAUAAUAUAAUAUACCCCUUUACACCAUACUGAAUAAUUUUUCCCCCUUUAUGUUGACAUGAUUGUACCCACAUCUACCCCACAACUAACACUUCCCAUCACAUUUUCAUAUAUAUUUGUCAUUUUAUUUAAUCAUAUUUUUCCUUUUAACCUUAUAAAAAAGACCAUGGAUUCUGUUUGGGAUAUAUUAUUUCUGAAUUUAAAUCUAUAAUUUAUCAGCGUUGGCAUCCAUCUUGCAUUGUUGUUCGGAUGCUCUUUCAUUUCCUGUUUCCAAAUAUUGGAAUACCUUUUGUUUACAGGAUAGCAUUCAUCAGUUUACAGAUAGCACUUGUUUGUCCAAUGUUUGAUAUAAUUUUCAUAUAAUUUGCAGGUAUAUGGAUAUGAUUUUGUAUUUAUUAUGAAAUUUAAUUGCUUUUUUUUCAGAAUUAUCUUAUCUGUGAUCAAAUCUGUAGUAAAAACUGACAUUAGAUUGUUGGUAAAAAUAAACAUUCCCGUAAAAUCUUUUAUCAGUGUGCGCUAUGCAAAUUGCUUUACAAAUUUUCAGUAUUUGGCUCAUAUAUAUGGAUGUUAAUCUUGUUUAUUUUUGAUUAUGGUUAUUUGAAAGAAUUGACAAAAUUUAAUUAUGUGUAAAGGCAGUAAUUACUAUUUAGUUUAUGUUCGACUAGUGCCAUCACUUUUGUACGAAGGAAUGGGUGUCACAUCGGUUUUAAAAGAGUGAUAGUUAGACUUGCAUGGAAGGGAGUUGUGGCCACACCUGUUAUGAAAGGAGUGGUGGGAAAAUCUGUUUAAAAGAAGUGAAAGCUAAACCUUUUUGGAAAAGUUGUAGUCACACCCAUUUGAAGAGUGGAUGUCACCUGUUUGAAAGAGUAGGUGAUAUGUCUAUUUAAAAAGAGUAGAAAUAAUACCUGUUAAAACAAAGAAAUUUCACAUCAGCUUGAAUGCAGUGGGUGUCACAUCAGUUUUAGAGGAGUGAUGAUUAAGUGGAUGUCACACCUGUUUGGAAAGGAGAGAUUGUUAUUCCAGUUUGAAAGGUGUGGUGGUUUGAAAAGAAAGGGUUUCAAUUUUAAAGAGUGGGUGUCUCACCAGUGAGUUUCACAACUGUUUGAAAUGAGUGAUGGUUCACCCUGUUUGAAAAGAAAAGGUUUCACACCGUAUGAAAUGAUUGAUGGAAAGGAAAGGGUUUUAUGGCUAUUUGAAAUGAGUGAUGGCUAAACCACUUUGAAAGGCAAGGGUUUUACAACUAUUUGAAAGAAUGGUGGAUAAACCUGUUGGAAAGGAAAGGGUUUCCCACCUGAAUGAAAUGAGUGAUGGUUACACCAGUUUGAAAGGCAAGGGUUUUACAGCUGUUUGAAAUCAUUUUGAACGGAGUCUGCAUCUUUCCUGUUUGAAGGGAGGGUUUACACCAGUUUAAAAAGAGUAUGCGUCACACCACCGGGUUUCAUGCUGUUUGAAAUGAGUUUAUGUCAAUGCUGUUUGAAAAGAGUUUUGUCAGUUAUGUUUGAAAGGAAGGUGAAAGGUUUUAAGUUACUGUAAAGCGGGUUAUAUUCGCGUAGGUAUAAUUUUCGCUAUAUUCGCGGUCAACAUUGGCAGCACAAAACCUGAAAACCGCAAUUUUUGAGUCGGCUAAACGCUGUCAAGCGUUUGACGAGUCCUUGCUAUCGCCCGAUUUCUCAUUCUUAAAUGGCCUCACAACACAGCGAAGUGAUGUAGUUCCAUUAGAUUGUCUCUAAUUUCAAAGAGUUCAUUGAUCGAAUGAAGUUCAUUUAGGUCAAUCCUAUUUGCUAUGACCAAUAUACGAUGUAAUCUGUCAUAUUUAUGACUUGUAAUUGUGCAAUACUCGAAUAAAGCCACGUAUUUUCUUCCGCUGUAACUCAUUAAGCAUAAACACGCAUAACGAUUCUGCGGGAUUUGGUAAUACAUUUGCGCAUAUGAUUAUGGUGACGAAUUUUAUGCCCUUUUGUCACAAAAUAGCAAAUAUGAUGUUCACAAAUUCAAAUAAAAACUGCAUAUUAACUUAUUAGCCAAAUUAUCCAUUUGUUACCCUGUCCGUUUCAAAAAAUAAUCUUUAAAUUCAUUGCGCAAAUAACAAAUUUAUUGCGCUGUGCAUUUUAUGAAUUGCGCAGGCUUACAAAGCUUGCGUAACAUCCAGCGAAAGACAAAAUAUAGUUCCAGAACAUACUGCUAGUAUUUUAUUGAGUGGGUACCUCUGAAAGCAUUGGAAUGUCCCUUAUCAAAGAGUUUACCACAUCGAUGAAAUUAAAUUAUGACAGCUUCAUUUUAAAUUACCCGAAUAAGAUAUGUGCAGUACGUUAAUUCUUCCGCGAGACUUCGCGGAUGAAUCCUAACUACAUUCUGGACACUUGUCGGCGAACACGCGUGACCUGUUUAUAACAACGCUUCUACGACUUUGCGUGGGUUGAAUUUUGCAGUCAGUAAACGGAUAAAUUAUCGGAAGAAGAAGCUCUUACUGGGUUUUUUAGUUACUACUGAUAUUAAAAAUGAUUUUAUUUCUUAUUUUUCGAGAAAUAAACAAAUCGGCGAAACAUUAAAUUGUAUUUUCUUGUAGUUUUUGAAAUCAAAAGUAGAUCGUCUAUGUUUGGCUGCUUUGACGAAACGAAACAACUUUUUUAUGAAAAGAUUUAAAUAAGAGGUAAUUUAACCGUAAACUUCAAUGUCAGAUACUGCCAAUUGCUGCUAAAUGUCUUCGUAUCAUCACAAUUUGUAAAAUAUAUUGUUGAAACUGGAGAAAAGUGUAAUCGUAUCCGGAUAUAAUAUUUUGGGUAAAUAUCGAGCUGUGUUAUGAAAUUUUAACAUUCAAGUAGCAUACAUGAUAGAUAUUAUUGUAACAGAAAUGAUUCUAGAAUUUAUUUUUAUUACACCUACAUAUAAUCUAUAUCAGACUCAUGUUCUAGUCCUGAGGCAUGAUCUGAAAGUAAAAAGAUGAAGUGACAGUCAUACUUUGGAUAUUGUAAUACUAGAAAGAAUCUAGGUAAUAUUUAGAAAUUGAAACAGAAGAUUUUCAGUUAAAAUCGCACCAAAGGCUGUAUCAAGGGUCUACAUAUUCAAAAAUUUCUUGUGGUAAUACCCCAAACCCUACUUGCAGGAGGGGGUAUCCUCCCACACCCUUCCCCCAUAUUGCCACUUUACAGUUUGAUACAUUUGCCCUUUUACCACCUGCCGCAAUGUCCAUUUCAAAAUCUGACUGCAAUUUAAAGCGGCAAGAAACACCCCUUCCCACACCCACCCUGCUACCGUCCACGUAAAAAUGGCUCAAACAUUUUUCUGCCCAGUCUGGGCCUGUCUGUCUACAUGAAUCAAAAUGGAUAAUUGAAAGUGGAUGGACUUCGGGAUAACAGACAUGAUUUUUAAGGGGUUAACAAGUCUGAAAUAGAAUAAAUGAUAGUUUUAACUAAAAAAGAACUGCAUUUAUUAAUAUCGGUUACACUAUAUAUUGACACUCGGCAACAUUUACAUACAUGUAUCUCUAAACGCAAAAGUAAGUAUACUUUAAAUUGACAUCAGUUAUAAUAUGAUUGAACAAUACCUAACAUAUGACAAGGCUAUCGCCAGGCCCAUUAUAAUAUCUGUAAAAUAUCAGUUCUUUCGUCCAUCCGUUACAAAUUGUAUGUGGCAAUCCGCGCUGUAAAAUUUUAAUAUUAUAAAUUGUCAUAUUCAAAUUUUAUCAUGUGCGAAUAUAUACCAGCCGAUAAUUGCCUCUUUUGGCAAUGCCGGAGGCAAAUGUUUACUGGAAAAAUAUAUAAAGUCAUGGGCAGUAUCUUAGUGUCAGCUGUCAAAUUGUAGUUUGUACUUUCAACAUUUUUAUUUCUGCGAACCACUCUUCAAUUUUAGAGAAAUAUAUUGGGUUUAAAUACUUGUAUAAUGUCAAACAAAGUUUUACUAGGCAUCGACCGAAUGUUUAUUUCAUUUAUUGUAACAAAAUCUCUCUUUAGUUGGGGAAAAAAACUAAAAACAAACUGAAACUGGUAGACUAUACUGUCAGUACAUCAAUCAUUAGCCGACUCAGGCCCUUCAGGCCUUUGAUUUGUUACCGUGAAUAUACACAUUUCAUCAAGGAAGACCACUCAAUUACAAACUUUACUUAUCAACAUUAUUGACUUUGUUUUUGUUACUUUAUAUUUUGUGCGUCAAAUUGCAAAGUACUGUGUCAGUGUGUGUUGGGGUACAUUCACCACCUAAUUUUAUAUAAAUUAAAUAGUAUUUUGAAGAAAGAAAUAUGAAAAAUCCUGAAUUGAGAAGUUGCUGACAUUUUGAAAAAUGCCAUUCCGAGAUAUUGAAAAUUGCUUUCUAUUCAUUCAUAAAAAUAUCUAAAUUUAAAAAGGAAACAUCAAAUAGAACAGUAUUUUAUUGGUUUUAUUUUCAAGAAAACAAAAAUCGAUAGUUUAGUGAGACCGAUUCCGCUCUCCGCAAACGAGGUAAUUUAUUUGGGUGUCGAUGUAAAUCCUACUUUCGUUUUCAAUCUGCCUUAAAAUUUGCAUAUUUAUUAUUAUUUGCAUGUCUUAGGAGAGUGACCACCCUUUCUGUUGUUUACAACCAAGGUUUAAAAUUCGUGGUUGAAGUAGUUUCCACGAAAUUAAGACACUGCGAAUUCAAAACUCUUCAAAAAACGCGAACAUUUGGCACCGUGAAUAUAAUCCGCUAUACAGUAUGUCCUGUUAUGAUGUAUCAGAAUGCGAGACAUCAAAAUUAUGAUUUGUUAAAGCCAGAAUAACUUUCUAAGAAAAUACAUUGGAGUGGUAUAUAAGAAUGUUUUAUAUACAAGAUUUAUGUAGAAUCAAAGCAUUUGAUUUGUAUAAUUCUUUCAUAAUACUCAUAUUUAUUGUCUCAUUACAUUUACUUUAUAGUCAGCAAGUAUAUACACAAUGUAUAAGCAGGAAAUUGACAAUAUGUUGAAACUUCCAGCAGCGUGAAAUCUUUGGGUCUUUUUUAAUACAAUAAAAUUAUGAUGUAAUUAUUUUUGUUCAUAUCAUGUUUUAUAAAGAUGUAACUUGAACCAUGUGUUUUUGUUAAACCAUAUUUGUGUUGACAUGCUUAGCAUUAUGAAAUAAAUCCUACUUUCUGUUAAUGAAAUUAUUUGUUAGAUAAUAAUAAUUUAAAAUUGAAUUUACUAUUUAAUGGGUGACUUAAGAAUUAAAAUGGAUUAUGCAACUAGAUUACUUUUAAUACACAAUAAACAAAAUUACCAUUUUUCCGUCUUUCCUAGUUAGUGUGUUUUAGCUCAACAGUGAGCUAUUGUGAUCGCUCACGGUAUGUUUUCAGUCUAUACAUCCACACACUUUCCUUCAGGUAACAUCUCCUCUGAAACUAAUGGUCUGUCAGAAUUACACCAGACAUGGUUAGUAGCAUAGUCGUCUAGCAAAUUUGUUCCAAUGUUUCAGGUUGGUCCAUAAUAGGGGCCACCAGAGUUAAACAUGGAAAAACCUUCAGAUGACUUCUUGUCAUGAAUCACUUGAUGGAUCUUCAUCAAAUUUGGCCUGUAGCAUCAUUAUAAUGUUCCUGUCCUAAUUUUGUUUGAAUGGGGGCACUUGGACCAUUGUAUGGGCUGCUAGAGCUAAAAAUAGAAAUCCUUUAAGGAACUUCUCAUCAUCACACUUGGUCUGUAGCAGUAUUGUAAGGUCCUCUCCCAAUUUCGUUCAUAUGGGAGCCUUUGGCCAAAUUUAGGAGCUUCUAGAGCUAAAAAUAGAAAUACCUUAAAUUAAGUUUAAACAACAUCACCAGACAUGGUCAGUAGCAUCAUUGUAAGGUCAUUUUCCAAACCAGGCCCCCUGUUAGGGGCCAUUUGAGCUAUAGUUUGAAAUACAUUUAAACAUCUUCUCAAGAACCACUGAAUGCAGAUAAUUGUUAUAAAGAGACCUUCUGGAACACCCUCUGCCUGCUCCAGUUCUUUGUGUGUUUUUAUGCCCCCGGCAUCUACUGAUGCGGGAGGCAUAUAGUGAUCGUCCUGUCCGUCCGUCCGUACAAGGUUAACCAAAUGGGACCGUUUCGUCUAGCAUCAAUACCCCUUACUAGAAUGACUUGAUACUAAUGCAAAUGUAACCUGUGACCAUUCCUCAUCUUCAGACAUCACCUGACCUCAAUUUGACCUUGACCUUGACCUCAUUUUGGACUUGGGUUGCUUUAUAUGGGCCAUCUCUUGGUUAACCAAAUGGGACCAUUUUGUCUAUCAUCAAUACCGCUUACAAGAAUGAAUUGAUACUAAUACAGAUGUAACCUAUGACCAUUCCUCAUCUUCAAACAUCACCUGACCUCAGUUUGACCUUGACCUCAUUUUGGACUUAGGUUGCUUUAUAUGGGUCAUCUCUUGGUUAACCAAAUGGGACCGUUUCGUCUAGCAUUAAUACCGCUUACAAGAAUGAAUUGAUACUAAUACAGAUGCAGCCUGUGACCAUUCCUCAUCUUCAAACAUCACCUGACCUCAGUUUAACCUUGACCUUGUUUUGGACUUAGGUUGCUUUGUAUCGACAAGGAUACCACCGGGGGCAUCAAGCGUUUACUGAACGCAGCUCCUUGUUUCCUUCAAAUUUUAAAGAUCUAAGAAGCAUAUAGUGUUUGAACUGUUUACGAUCUGUCUUAUUUAAUCAACACCUGCUGCCUCUGAAACUUUCAACACCUGGACAAUAUUAUGUCCUCCUUCCCAAAUAUUAAACUCUCUAGCCUGUUUCAGCUCUUAAACUCAUGUGAGCGAUCUAGGGCUAUCAUUGCCCAUUUGUAUGUUACUGAACUGUUUCUAGAUACAACGUUUCUAUCAAGGUAAUCUUUCAUUUUCUCUUUGGUUGUGCCAUUUUUCACAAAAUAAAGCACUGAUGAAGUUGAGUUAGCUGUCUCUCCUGACAGCUCUUGCUAAUAUUAGAUGACUUCAGAGUUCUGUAUUAACCCUUAUCAUGCUGGACACGACUGAUUCUGCCUUUGCGACCAGUGUAGAUCAUUACGAGUCUGCACAUCUGUGCAGUCUGAUCAAGAACUGCACUGUUCGCCAUUCAGUCAGUAUCUUUUGGUAAGAACCCCUUUUAACAGCUAAUGGUUCUGUCCAAAUUGAAAGAUGGACAAGUUCAUUAUAUAAAUUUAGCAGGAUAAGUGUUAAAAUCUUUGUGAAGCAUAUCACCUGUUUUUGUAAAUGUUCUCCUGAAUUAUUUUUUAUCAAAAACACUUUAAAGUUUCAGCCGAUACUGAAUAAACAUUUGGUUAUAGCUUUAAUUUUUAUGUUAAAACUCAAAAUGUAUGCUAUUCAUUAAUAUAGACAAUAUAUAAGUCCACUAAGCAUACCAGUAAAGCUGUUGAUUUAUUGCUGCUUUUAUAGCUUCAAUUCUGUGAUUGAGUGUAUUAAUUUAUUUACUCUAUUGUUAAUUAUUUAAUCUGAAUAAAAUGCUAUUUGUGAAACAUUU